GAGGUCUCUUUCUCUCUUCUUCACCCUCAACGACCGCUGCCAAUGACUUGCCCCUCGUCGUUCAGGCCGUCAUCCAUGGCCUACAACCUCACAUUGCCAUACAAGUACCGCCGCAAGAGUCUGACAGCAGACGACGCUGAUAUCACGAACAGGGUGCCGGGAUUGAGCAGCGGGGGAUCGAGCUGUUCAUCGUCGCCCAUCGCCUCCUCUGCCAUUCUCAGCUCACGCAAUGCGGACAGCCCGACGGAAUACGCACCCUCAGAGGACGAGAUCUGGUCCGACGCGCGCUACAUGGGUUACGCCUCGCGUGUCCCCUUUCAGCACAAGAGGUACGACCGUCGGUAUGCGCAAGCGAUGCCUUAUCUCUCUCGCCAAACGACGCCAUGCGUGCACCACCAAUAUGACACGUCUAUCCUCUCCGACGAUGAUCAUGAUCUCCACUUGGCCGACUCCGAUGAAGACGAUGAAGACGGCAGCAGCCUAUUCUACUCGACUCCCCGCCGAAGAAUUUCCUUUUGCACUUCCGCUGAACGCGAUCAACCCUACGUUCGUCCCCCUCCCAAACCUGCCGCCACAUCACGCAAAUCCUUUCUCCAACCGGAUAAUGACAGUUUCCCUUCGUCCUCCCCCACCUCUCGACUAUCCACAAGUCCUAUGCUCCCGCCUUCCUCACCACCGAUUCCACCCAGUUCUCCCUUCACGAUGUCUCUGGCUUCAUCACCUGGCAGAUCUUUAUCGCCCACUCUUUCAAUUAAGCGCUCUGUCUCUCCCGAGAAGCUGAGGGAUGUGCAAACUGAAUUAACGAUUUCUCCACCUGUGACGCGACGUGGAAGAGUCUCGAUUGAAAGUCUAUUGAGCCCUGAGCCGCCUCAGCCGAGUAGGAGUGGGAAUGCGGCGAGGGGAAUGACCGUGGAGAGGUCAUUUGAGACUCGUUUGCUUUCUGUAUCGAGUCCCUCGCCUUCCCCAUUCUCACGUUCUACAUCCUGUGCUACGAUCAACCGCCAUGUUACGCCUGCUUUGUCACUUCAAUCGAGUACGAAGACGGCCAGGCGGUCUGCUACUCCACCUUCCGUCCUUCAUCCCCAUGUCGUUCAUAAGCGUUCAGCCACCCCGCAUCAGGAGGGUGUACUCAUUCGUCCUGCUACCCCAGUUUCGACCGCCAAACCUGCUGGGAUCAGGACGAGCGGAUGUCCUCUUUCACCUAGUCCCACACUAAUUACAGACUUGGCCUCGAAACGAGUCUCGACUUCUGGAUCUGUAUCUGUGUUGACUAGUGUGUCUGGUCUUGAACCGACCUCGAUCGCUGUAUCUGUGACGUCUACGUCUAGUCCCGUUCCAGCUGUGUCAGUUCCUCUGGUUGCAACCCUCGAGGAUGAUGAUGAGCGUCUUGCGAGUCAUGAUUCCAGUGGUCGUACGAUGCAACUACCAGCGUCCAUUCCUAUUGCUAUCCCCAACGUCUCCAGUCAAAGUCAUUCUGAGACGGAACAGAUGGAUGAGAGCGCUCUCCCGGAGGCAGUUGUGGAAACAGAAGGAACUGUUCCGAGCGCGCAAAUUGGAUGUGAUCCCUCCGAAGACGCGCCCAUCUCUACUUGUCCGAUUGAGGAUUACACCUCGCCUGCUGUCCAUAUCUCUGCUUCUAGCCCUAGCCUCGAUCGUGAUGCGUCGGUGGAUAGGGCCGAGGCGAACGUUGCGGAUGUUGAGCGUGUAGGUGGCGAUUUGGACAUGGUGGAUGAUUCUGAACCGAUUGCUUCGUUCACUGAGCCUACGUCUACAACCCCGACGGGUGUUCCUGAUCUUGAAAUCAGCUCGACUCCGACCACUGCGACCUUGCUCACAAGUGCCGAUCCUGUUCCCUCUGACGUCAUCUCCCCUACUCAGGCUUCUAACGAUGGUGUAGCAGAGAAUGUGAUAGUGAAUGUGGACGAAACGAAGAAUGUCGUUGUAGAGGCCCGAGCUAUUGAAGUGGACGUGGGCGUUGUGAGGUUGAAAUCGAUAUCUAGGUGUUCUUCGAAGGAACGUGAGGUAAUCGUUCGAGAUGUGGAAAUGGACGAGGUUUCGCAGAUUAAUGAUGCUCUAAUUUCUUCCACUUACGAUGACAUGGACAUUGUUGUUGACGACGAGCCUGCUCUUACGUCUGCGCCUGAAUGCAAAGAGAGCACAUCCCGAUAUACGUCACCUGUUGCGUUCUCCCUCACCCGGCAUCUCACUGAUGAGCAACCUACGGCGUCAACCUCGACUCUGCCGACUUUCCCUUCUGCUAUUCCUCGCACACCCGUAAAAGCCAGUCGGGCUUCGUCUUCAUUCUCGAGAGCUUCUUCUCCUGCCGCAUUAAGUUCUCCUUUGUCUCCUCUCCUGUCCUCACUCGAAGACGAGGUUGGUGAAGAUGAUGUGCCGCCCAAGAAGCGGAAAGGCAAGAAAGCUGGUAAUGAAGAGAAGAGGCAGACGAAGCGGGUCAGGACUAGUGCUCCAGAGAAGAAAAUCAGGAGAAAAAAGAGCCUGACUGUGGAUAUGACUACGUCGGAGGAUGAACGGCGUGCUGUAGAGAUGAAGCCAAAGAUGACGCGGAAGAGCACAAUUGUCUUGAGUGACGAUGAGGAUGGUCUCGUUCAAGUUGCGGGUGUCAGUGAUCCUGAUGUCGAUAGUCGGAAACCUGUCAAGAAAAGAGGGAGGAAGAAGAAGGAAGUUCAGCUUGAUGGCAAGAAUCCACUUCCCGAGCCUUCCACGACUUCGCAUUCACAUUCGGCUUCUCAUCGUAUGUCUGUUGCAUGUCAUUCGCCCUACUCUCCCUUCCUCUCCAAGUCCCCUUCGAAACUUGAUCUCGCGCCUGGGCUUACCAUCCUUGACUUGUUGCCGUUUAAGGCCCCGCUUCCGUUGGAUGAAUUACAGGGAAUGCUGAUUGAGACCCUUGCGACUUCUCGAGCGAGUAGUCUUCCGCCCAGUGUGGUUUAUAGUAGUUUGAUGGAUGCCAGACCGGCAUUGAGGGAUGUUACACUUGUUCGACAGGAUCCGCCCGUCUCUGAACCGGAGUCGCUGUCAAGAGGAAUGUUGAAACAAAAGACGAACGACGACGGUGAAGCUGAGGGUGAGGACGCUGUGGAGAACUUAAAGCGAGAGGAGAAGGUGGAGGAGAAGAUGGGGCGGAAGGAGUGGAUGGUGCUUAUUGAGGGUAUGUUCGAGGAGGGACGGGCGAGGUGUGGGAUGUUUGGGAAGGUGGAAAGUAGUUUUAAGGACGAUCAUGAGCGACCACUUGAAGCUCAAUGGUUCUAUGUCCCAGAAUGUGAUACCGAUACCGAUCGUGCGACGCUCAUAAGGAGUAUGAUGCCUCGACCUGGUAAACGGACAGUCACCAAGCAGUAUAAGCAGUAUUACUGGAGACCAUUGGGCAAGAUCUCGAGAUGGGAUGACGAGGAUGCCAUGUGAGGUGUUCUCAACAUCCCGAGUAGUGAGGGGGAGGUGUUAAUGAGGGGAGGAAGAAAGGACAGAUGCUUCAUUGCCUCAUAUCUUAUUCGUUUUGUUAUUUCGCCUGGUCUCUAUUGUUCGUUCCCAAUAUGUUAUCAUUGUUGUGCGUUGCUGCAUCUCUACGUCCGGUUUGGGCUAGUCGCUACAAUAUGACUCCUUCCCUUCCUGUUCGAAUUCUUUUUGUUCUUCUCUUUUCUCUGAACCCAAGAUAUAUUUUUUGUGAACGAGUCCGGUUUGUUAUAUGUCGUCUGUAAUAACGUCGGUCCUAUGCAACCCGUAUCUUAAUUCAGAGCGUGUCAAGACAAGCAU